GGGGCUGGAGCCAACAUGGAGUUCUCAGUAGGAUAAGGGUGAAACUGUUGCUGCCGGCUGCUCCUGUCUUCCUGCCCAAGCAUGUUGGUGCACUUGUUUCGGGUCGGGAUUCGGGGCGGCCCUGUCCCAGGCAGGUCGCUACCAUCCUUUCGAUUGCAGACUUUCUCGGCCUUCAGGUCCCCAGAUGGCCGCCUCGGCUCCUCCCUCCUCAGGGCUGUGUCCCAGCUGCGCUCACAGCUCCGCGCCCACCUCCCUCAAGCCCCACCGACUCCCAGCCGGAGCCCCUCUGCCUGGUGCUGGGUUGGGGGAGCCUUGCUGGGCUCCGUAGUGCUCCACAAGCAGCCCGGCCGCCUCUGCCUGGUGGCCCUGUGUCAGGCAGAAGAGGCCCCUCCCACCCGCCCUGCACCCUGUGUUGUGGAGUCCCACUUUAACUGGAAGCUCUUCUGGCAGUUUCUGCGCCCUCACGUGCUGGUCCUGGGGGCAGCCAUCGUGCUGGCAUUGGGUGCAGCGCUGGUGAAUGUGCAGAUCCCCCUGCUCCUGGGCCAGCUGGUAGAGAUUGUGGCCAAGUACACAAGGGAUCAUGUGGGGAGCUUCGUGUCUGAGUCCCGGAAUCUAAGCACACGCCUGCUUAUCCUCUAUGGCAUCCAGGGACUGCUGACCUUCGGGUACCUGGCCCUGCUGUCCCAUAUUGGCGAGCGCAUGGCUGUAGAUAUGCGGAGGGCCCUUUUCAGCUCCCUGCUUCGACAAGAUAUUGCUUUCUUUGAUGCCAAAAAGACUGGGCAGCUGGUAAGCCGCUUGACAACUGAUGUGCAGGAGUUUAAAUCUUCCUUCAAGCUUGUCAUCUCCCAGGGGCUGCGCAGCUGCACCCAGGUGGCCGGCUGCCUGGUGUCGCUGUCCAUGCUGUCCACUCGCCUCACUCUGCUGCUGAUGGUUGCCACACCUGCCCUGAUGGGAGUGGGCACCCUGAUGGGCUCAGGCCUCCGCAGACUGUCUCGCCAGUGCCAGGAGCAGGUUGCCAGAGCCACGGGCGUGGCCGAUGAGGCGCUAGGCAACGUGCGCACGGUGCGAGCCUUCGCCAUGGAGCUGCGGGAGGAGGAACGCUACGUCGCCGAGCUGGAGAGCUGCCGCUGUAAGGCAGAGGAGCUGGGCAGGGGCAUCGCUCUGUUCCAAGGCCUUUCCAACAUCGCAUUCAACUGCAUGGUCCUGGGCACCCUGUUUGUUGGGGGAUCCCUUGUGGCUGGACAGCAGCUGACAGGGGGAGACCUCAUGUCCUUCCUGGUGGCCUCCCAAACAGUGCAGAGGUCCAUGGCCAACCUCUCUGUCCUGUUUGGUCAGGUGGUGCGGGGGCUCAGUGCAGGUGCCCGAGUCUUUGAAUACAUGGCCCUGAGCCCCUGCAUCCCGCUGUCGGGGGGUUGCUGCAUCCCCAAGGAGCACCUCCGUGGCUCCAUCACGUUCCGGAAUGUCAGCUUCAGCUAUCCCUGCCGCCCUGGCUUUGAGGUGCUCAAGGACUUCACCCUGACGCUGCCCCCUGGCAGGAUCGUGGCCCUCGUGGGCCAGUCUGGGGGAGGAAAGACCACAGUGGCUUCUCUGCUGGAGCGCUUCUACGAUCCGACGGUGGGCGUGGUGACGCUGGACGGACAUGACCUGCGCACGCUGGACCCCUCUUGGCUCCGGGGCCAGGUGGUGGGCUUCAUCAGCCAGGAGCCAGUCCUGUUUGGAACAACCAUCAUGGAGAACAUCCGCUUUGGAAAGCUAGGAGCCUCUGAUGAAGAGGUGUAUGCAGCUGCGCGGGAAGCCAACGCCCACGAGUUCAUCAGCAGCUUCCCCCAGGGCUACAGCACCGUUGUGGGUGAGCGGGGCACAACCCUGUCUGGUGGCCAGAAGCAGCGCCUGGCCAUUGCCCGUGCCCUUAUCAAGCAGCCCACAGUGCUCAUCCUGGAUGAGGCCACCAGCGCACUGGAUGCUGAGUCUGAACGGGUGGUGCAGGAAGCCCUGGACCGGGCCAGCACUGGCCGCACUGUGCUGGUCAUUGCCCACCGGCUCAGCACUGUCCGUGCAGCCCACCGCAUCAUUGUCAUGGCCAAUGGCCAAGUCUGGGAGGCUGGGACCCAUGAAGAGCUUCUGAAGAAGGGUGGACUCUACGCAGAGCUCAUCCGGAGGCAGGCCCUGGACACCCCACUGACGUCAGACUCGCCUCGGGAAAAGCCCAGAGACCCCAGGAACCACUAGCACAAGUCCUGAGAAUGGCCCUCUGAGGUCUGGUUGCUGCCUAGCAUCAAGGACAGGCUCAGCUGGGGGAGCUGUCCAGGGACUGGGCCCCUGGAGGACCAGCAUGCUGGGUGUGGCUGCGGCUGCUGCCUCCCCACUCAAUAAAACCAGGCCCACCAGCUGAGCAGGAGGAGGGAUCCCUCCCACCCACACCCACCCCUGCUGAUUGCCACCUCCUUCCUGCCGGAGCACAGUCUUCGGGCUGCACGUGCUGAGGCAGAAACCCCAAGGCUCCAAGGCCCUUCCACUCGUCUCUCUCCACCCCAACUCUACCUAACAGCCGGAAGUUGUCUGGACCCCCAGCUCCAGGGAAUUUUGAAAAUUCAGAGUCCAGCAGUAAGCCUGGGAAUGUGACCUAGGCUCUUCCCCACUCUUGCUAGGGCCUCGCUUCCUAGACAGGACUGACUCUCCCACCCAAAUGUCCCCACUGCCUCUCUGGCCCUGGGAAGAGGAGCCUCCCCUUGGUCCAUCUUCCACAGAGCCUCCCUUCCUCCCCACUCCUCCAUUACCACAGUCUUAAUAUCUGGAUUUCGCCUCCCCACUCUCCUCCAAGGGGACAGAUGCUUAACAGGGACCACGUGCGUCAGGGUAAGAGGAGUGGGACAUGGGGGUCCAUUCCCAUGAGAAACGCCCAACCCACCUGGUUCUCUACUACUGGCCCUGCCCUGUGUGACUUGAGUCUUCGACCUGAUGAGACUGUGGGCCAGCCUCCUGCUUGAAGGAGACAGAAGGGACCUGCUGCACACCCAGAAUACUCAGUGGGCCCAUGGCGCCCACAGGUACAAAACCAAUAGGGAGUAGUUGAUGCCCAGGCACAGGGAGGCUCAUGGAGAAGGUGGGAUGGGGGCCUCACCUUAGAAGGGGAUGGACAGACAGCCCUAGUGACAUGGGCUUAUGGUCCCAAAGCUGUGAAUGAGGCAGACCUGGGUCCCAGCUGGCUUCAAAGAGUCCGAGAAAGGCACUAUGAAGGACUCUUGGACUGCACUGGCGCCCAGGACCAGGAGCAGUCAAGACCUCACAUCCCUACGAUGCUACAGAUGUACCAGCCCUCCUGAUCAACUCCCAGGGCUGGUGGCCUCCUGCCUUGAUGCUGCCCAAGUCACUUCCCACUGAGGAUCUUCCCCAAUCCAGCCAUAUCCGGACUGGGACUCCGUGGGCCUGGGGAGAGCGUUGCCUGUGCCGCACCUUUAGAACCAGCCAAGCCCUUUGCAUUUUUUCCUGCAGCGAAGAGGUGUUGCCAUGUUUCAGGGGACAGGAGCAGUGGUAUGCAAAUUAAGAAGAGAAAUACUUCCAGGAGGCCAGCCUGAAAGAGGCAGCAGUGGCUUAGGUGUGAGUGCAGGAGCCAGGUUGGGACUUGAAGCCUCUGUGGGCCUGGGUUCAAACCAGAUGCUGUUAUAGGGAUAAGCCAUGCAAAAGCCCCAGGGUUCCAGCAUACUUGUUUGGUAUCCUGCUUCCUGACUGAUAAGAGGUUGCAUCUCUAGGUAGUGGCAGCCUAGGGAGCAGAGCUCGGGCCUGCCUCCAGGCUGCUUAGCCACUAAGCCCCUGGAGCCUGGAGCAGGGACUUAGCUUCCUAGCUAGGCAGCUCCUGCUUCCCACCCAGCCCCCAGGCCCAGGCUGCCCAGUCACCUUAGGACACCAGAUUCCAGGUCAGCCUACAGCUUCAAGAUGGCUCUUCCUGAACUGCCCUCCACCUACAGCCUGGAGAAGUAGAGACACCCACGGCCAGUCAAGCGGAUGAGUUGUGCAUCUGCACUCACUGGCCCUGUAACUUCACCUCGACCUUGCUGUGCCCGCUACUCAGCAGAGAUCACAGCCUGACUGUGCUUGGUCUUGAGAAGUCUUUUCCCAGGAGUAAACGGGAUGACCUGCAGUGAAGUACUUAAAAGACACGGUGCAACAGCCUGGCACAGUGGUCAUGUCUGUGCUACAAGCCGUCAUAUUCACUCAUCCCGCUAAAGUAUUACACACCUAUCCCACGCCACUCAGCCUACCAUGGGCCCUGGCCCCCAGAAGUUUGUGGGCUUGGGAAGACAGCCAUUGGAGCCCGGUACAAUUAUAUUUGGCUGUUGGAACUAUGUGCCUCCUACUCAGCUGGAAGCCACCAAAAUAAAUCUGGUGGCCUACAAUGCUUCUUGGACAAGAUGGAGUAGAAAUAAAUUGCAGUAAAUU